UUUUAAAUUACCAGAGACCCGAUGCAGCUAAUAUUAUAAUACAACGGACCUGUGUCCGAGGCACAAGUGAAACUUUUAGAUCCGAACCCGAUCGGGUCUCGUGUUGGACUGGGUUUUCCGAUCUAAGUGGACCCGUGAAGACCUCUAGUUCUCGUCUCUCAUAGAUCCAUUAAAAUUAGUUUUAUGUUUUGGAUUGGUUAAAUACAUUAAGUGUUCAGUGUGUUUUAUUUUUGCCAACUGAACUUGUAUUUUGUGUCACCUCCUCAAGUUUCUUUAUGUGUCAAGGUGAUGAUUCAUGGACCCACUUCUGUAGUGCAAAUGCUUUCAUUUCAUAGAGGAGUGAAAGUUUGUGCACAGUUCAAACCCUUAAUGUUUCAUUUAGCAGACACUUUAGACAAUGAAAAACACUAGCAACAACACUCAUACCCACAAUGCCAAGUCUUACAAGUAAUCUAGAGUAAUACAGACGUAAAAAACAAACCGUUUUUUUUUUCACACAGGCACAUUUUGAGAAGAAUGCCUAAAUACAAACAGUUCUUUCUCUUUCUACCCGUAAACCACUCCUACUUUCAGCAAAAGGAAACUCAUUUAUACUUCCUGUUCAGUCCGGAUAAAGUAUUUUUUUCUUUGUGCUCUACUCUUAUUGAGCUGCUUUGUGUGUGAAGUGAAAUGGCAGAAGCGAGUGUCUCUUUGACUCAGGAUCAGUUCAUCUGUUCAAUCUGUCUGGAUCUACUGAAGGAUCCAGUGACCAUUCCCUGUGGACACAGUUACUGUAUGAGCUGUAUUACAGACUACUGGGAUCAGAAGAGAGACUACAGCUGCCCUCAAUGCAGACAGACAUUCACUACAAGACCUGUUUUAGGUAAAAACACCAUGCUGGUGGAAGUGGUGGAGAUUUUGAAGAAGACAAAACUACAAGCUGCUCGUCCUGAUCACUGCUAUGCUGAACCUGGAGAUGUGGAGUGUGACGUCUGUACUGAGAGAAAACACAAAGCUGUCAAGUCCUGUCUGGUGUGUCUGAACUCUUACUGUCAAAAUCAUCUUGAACAACAUGAGAAAUUCUUCAAAGGCAAGAAGCACAACCUGAUAGACGCCACUGGACGACUUCAGCAGAUGAUCUGCUCACAACAUGAGAAACUAUUAGAGAUUUACUGUAAAACUGAUCAGCUCUGUAUAUGUUAUCUGUGUAUGGUGGAUGAACACAAUGAACAUAAGACUGUAUCAGCUGCAGCAGAGAGGACUGAGAAACAGAAACAACUGAAGGAGACACAGAGAAAAUACCAGCAGAGAAUCCAGAAGAGUCAGAAGAAGCUUCAGGAGCUGAGAGAUGCUGUGGAGACUCAUAAGCGCUCUGCGCAGACAGCAGUGGACGACACUGAGAGGAUCUUUACUCAACUGAUCCGAUCCAUUGAGAGAAAACGAUCUGAGGUGACACAGCUGAUCAGAGAUCAGGAAAAGGCUGCAGUGAGUGAAGCUGAAGGACUUUUGAAGCGACUGGAGCAGGAGAUUGAUGAUCUGAGGAGGAGAGACGCUGAGCUGGAGCAGCUUUCACACACAGAUGAUCACAUCCAUUUCCUCCAGAGUUUCAAAUCUCUAUCGGUCCCUCUUGGAUCUACAAACUCUGAGAGGACGGUCAAUUCUCUUCUCGGUUUUAAUGAAUCUGUGUCUCAUCUGAGAAAGAAACUGGAAAAUUUCUGCAGAGAAGAGAUUGAAACAAUAUCUGGUCGAGUAAAUAAUAUAACUAUAAUGGAGCUCCAAAUCAGGCAGGAGAUCCUAAAAUAUUUUCGUCAGUUCAAACUGGAUCCAAACACAGCAAAUAAACGUCUCUGUCUGUCUGAGGGGAACAGAGUGAUUACUUACACUAACAUACUCCAGUCGUAUCCUGAUCAUCUAGACAGAUUUGAUUUUUAUCUUCAGGUGUUGUGUAGUGAGAGUGUGAGUGGACGCUGUUACUGGGAGGUUGAGUGGAGUGGUGCGGUGUAUAUAUCAGUGUCAUAUAAGAGCAUCAGCAGGAAGGGAGACAGUGAUUGUAGAUUUGGAUGUAAUGAUCAGUCCUGGAGUUUGUGCUGCUCUGACUCCAGUUGUUCAUUCUUUCACAAUAACAUUGAGACUAAACUCCCAGUAGUGUCCAGAUUUUCUAGAAUAGGAGUUUAUCUGGAUCACAGUUCAGGAUCUCUGUCCUUCUACAGCGUCUCUGACACAAUGACUCUCAUCCACAAAGUCCAGACCACAUUCACUAAACCUCUCUAUCCUGGUUUUGGAGUGGUUAAUGUGCAGCAAUCAGCUCUUUUUAAGAUAAUCAAAAGACAAUCAAAAGUAAAACUGUGUGACACUAGCUUGUGCCAGUAGGGAAUCGUGACUCUUGAACCUAGGCCUCUAACAAUUACAGUAUAUGUAUGAUGAUCGCUGAGUUUGUAAAUUUAAUUAAAUAGAAAACAGUGGCAAACAGCGGCAAACAAAUAACUUACCUUGAUUAUCAAAUUAUUUAAAAACAAAGCUUCUCCAUUCUUCUGUAAUUUUGGAUGAUGCCUAGCUACUGUAAUAUAUAAGCAGGUUUUUCUCUGUUGUCUUCUGGAGUUUAAUGGCAGUUGGCAGACCAAACUAAGGUGCAUUCUCACACCUACUAGCUGCCGCCACACAGACUGAUGAUCCCAACAGUGGGCAAAACUUAUCAUAAAGUUAGUGAUAACAGAGCCCACCCAAUCAGAGCGACAAUAUGAUAAGUCUGAUUUUUUCUCACUUUAAAUGAGUCUUUGAUUAAUGUACUAUUGCCUUGUCCUCUGUAAUUUCACAGCUGCACCAACAAUCACAUUUAGUUGCAUCUUAAUACAAAUAACUUUUAAAGAUUAGACUUCUCUGCAUGCUUUCAAAUCGCUAUUGUUGUUAUCUUGUUGCCGAUUGGUCUGCAAUGCAGUUGUAAUGGAGGGAACUGGUCAACAUUUAUUAUGAAUAAAAUGCCUUUUAUGUUAAAUGUUAUUUGUAACAAAUUCAGUAUGUUCAGCACAAAACAGCACAAAAUUAUUCAUAAUGUGAAAGUUAUUUCUUUGCUUAAUGUAAAUAAAGCAUUUGGGAUCAAGACA